AUGGGCAACGCAGCAGCCGUCCAGAAUGUGGCCGAGAGCUCGCGACGGCGCUUGAUGCUGCAGCAGUACAACCGCCAUCCCAAGAACGUGCUCAUCAGCCACUCGCUAGUCCAGGCCUUCGAGUAUCGUCGUCUCCAGACCCUGCAGCCUCAUGUACGCCGAGGCAAACGAUCAGCAACGGAAGUCCAUCAAGCCCCGAGCUCAAAGGAGCCGCUGCAGUCACUACCACUACAGGAGAUCUACGACGUGCUGACGUGCGAUUUUGGGGUCCAGUUGACGCUGGAAGAGCUCCCGGUAGUGCUUCGACACCUCGGCUGUCGCUCAGUGGAGUCCCCUAAAUCAGCUUCAAGCUCCGAUUCGGGGGAGGAAUGGUACUCUGUAGAGGGGCUUGUGGGCUAUGUUGCUCCUCGCCGGAUACUUCGACAAGCCAAGAGGCCGCUUGAAUGCCCCUGCAGCGUGGAAUUCUCGCACAAUGGUCUUACGAUCUGGCAGGCGGCAAAGCUGGGCGACUUGGCAGUGCUCGAAGCCGUUUGUGACGUCCAUGGCGAGGCCUACCGCGCGCUUGACGACUUUGAAAACUCCCCACUGUACUAUGCUAGUUUGUGCGGUCGUGAAGUCGUGGUAGACUUUGUGCUGAGAGCCUACGAGAGGGAGUGCCGCCAGAUCCCUCCCGAUGAGUUGCUGCGUUGUGUCACCAAUGCAUUGAACCAGCAUACACGCGCGUUGCUCCAGCAGAAAAUGACGCUGGAAGAGGUGCUUCAAGCAAAGGACCAAGAUUCUGACGAAGGGGAGGAAGAGGAGGAUGCAGAAGGCGGCGCUUGGUUCGGACUCCUUGAUGGGGAUGACGAUGAAUGA